CCCAUGCAGGAAACUCUAACAGCACUGAGCAGCUCCUUCAGUAGCAGGCUGCGGCACCACGGUGGAGAGAUUUUGCAGAGCUGCUGACGUAGGUGUGACACCAAGAUGGAUGAUGCAGACAAGAUCGUGAAUAAAAUCUUCUCAUGGAUGGAUCUACAAAAGGACAGUAUAGACAAGUUGAACGAGCUAGCCACUCAGUUGGAGGAACAGCAGAAGACUAUCAAUGUCACUAAAGUUGUCGGGAGCUCAGUGUCUGUGGGUGGUGCAGCUGCCAUGACAGUAGCAGGUGUAGUAAGUGUUUUAACAGGAGGACUGUCGAUACCUUUGUUAGCUGGAACAGGAGUAGUGGCAUCAGGUCUCGGUUUGGCUACUAGUGUGGGUUCUGAUGUUGUUGGUGCUGUCUUAUCAAGUAGGACUAUGGAAGAGGCCACAAAUAUUUCAAAAAGCCUUGAUGCUCUUACAGCAGAAAUCACAGCACUCAUGGAGUCCCUCUUAACAAAAACAACAGGCAGACAGCAACGGGGUAAAAAUGUUUCUCCAGAAGAAUAUGUGAAGGAGGCGAUCCUGAGAGCAAUGGCCAAACGCAAGGGUUUGAUAUUAAAUGAGAAGGACAGUUUAAUCAAGCUGUUAUCUCAGCUGCCACUUGAGAAGAUCUUUAAGAACGACGUAGAAUCAGACCUCCUCAAAAAGUCAACAACGGAGGUGCCACUGCUUUCAGACUUUGUUACAGGGUUGGUCUCAGAAAAACUCAUGAAAUAUAGGGUCAGCAAAGCCAAUUCCCUGGGUUUAAAGGCAUCGACUACAGCAGUUGGAAAAAUUGGCACAGGGGCAGUAGGGCUUCUGUUUUCGGUUCCAGAGCUCAUCGAAAACUGUAAAAAUCUGAACAGCCAUGAGACAGAAGACAGUCGGUACCUGAGAGAGAAGGCUGGAGCAAUACAAGAAGCUUACGGAGCCAUGAAAUCAGAGCUGGAUGAAAUUGAGGCAACGUGUGCGAGGUUAGCUGACACGAAGUGGAAGAAGUACAGAAAGAGAAGCUGUUUGUGUUCAUGUGCUUCUUCAUCACCAUGAUAUAACCAAGGAGGGAUCACUGAAUCAUUUCUCAUGUAUGAAAAUAUGAAUGAAAAUAUGAAUAAUAUUAAGCAUCUAUGAGCAAGUGUUCUAUAGCCAGUGUAUUAAACAUCUGUCUUUCUUUCAUUUUGACCCCAAUAUAAAUAAAUCUUUAAAGAAAGUGCUGUGAAUGAUGAGCUGCCAAGUUAGUUAGAAAUAUAUUGUAGUAUAAGCUCAAGUUAUUCACAUCCAGAUAUUUACAUAUCACUACCUAUGAUCCAUGACUUGCUCCUACAUAAUGUUUAAUGUGUAAUCAAAAUAAAUAUCUAAUUUUCUUAGCUGAUGACACAAUUAGACAUUAUCAGUAUAUUUAAAUGGACUGAUUCUUAUACAGUGCUUCUCUACUCGCUCUCUCCCUAUGCUUAAGUGCUUAUUAAUAGACAUUCAUACAGCUAGCCAGCCAGAAUGAAGCUUCAACCUUUAGCUAGCACAAUGUGUCACAUAGUAUCAUGAUGCAGUAUGCGUUACUCUAAAGUUGUAAAUGUUGCUGAAAAAUUAUGCUUAUUUUCACAAAAUAAUGCUGGCAUGGGGAA